AAGGUUUUCAUAGCAGAAAUACUUUUAGAGGUCUUACCAGAGAAUUUUAAUAUUAAAUUAAUAUUAAGUUAACAUGCUCUGAUUUUACUAUAAUGUCUAAUUCGGUACGGUCGGUAUUUAAAGUAAUAAUCUAUCGAUUGGUAGUCAAAAGCUCAAUGAACCAACCCGGUGCUCAAUGAUUAAAAGUAUCGACUAUAAAUGAUACUAUCGGCUCAUCGUUAUUGACCCUUGUUAUCAAACUUCAGAAAAGUACCUUUAAGUUUAAAUAAUACCUCGUGCGGCUGCUUACUUGUACAAUAUUUAGUAUUGUAGAUGACUGGAGUAAAAUUAAAUAAAAAGUAAUUGCAACUUUUUAAUCAGUUCUCUUAAAGGAAGUGGUCGUGUCAGAUGACAUUUUUUGAGUAGUAAUUAACAAACACAUAUGACCCAAUAACAUACAUAUUUUGGAUAUACAUAUACUUCUGGCCGGUUAGAAAAUAUAUUACCUGUAUGAUAAGGAAAAUAUUUGAUUCUAGUCAACUUUAACAAACAAAAUAAACCAUCAUGACUACCCUGCUUCCUGGAAAUAUCGUCUAUGCUGGACCAAUUACAUGCACUGAAACACAUGCAUACAAGUCCUUAGGACAUUAUAUUCUCGAGAAAUAUAAGAGUCAAGGUACCCAAACAAUAAUGAUUGACGCUGUAACCGGACAAGAGUAUACGGCUAAAUAUAUGUAUGACUCCGUUGUGCGCAUGGCUCAUGUAUUGCAACAUUUAGGUAUCGAAGCUGGAGAUGUUGUAGGAUUGUCUAGUGAAAAUAAUGUACGUUUCGCUAUUACCUUGUAUGCUUCAUUCGCCAUUAACGCUGCGGUUGCUCCCCUAAACGUAACUUAUUCUGAACGCGAAGUUCAUCACGCAAUUAACUUGUCUAAGCCGAAAAUAAUAUUCGCUUCAAAAUUUACAGUAAAUGUUAUUGAAAAAGUGGCAAAAAAUAACAGUUUCGUAAAUUCAAUUGUUGUAUUUGACACUAAUAAUUCAAAUGACAAAAUUUUAAAUUUUGAUGAGCUUAUGAACAGUACAAAAAUUAUAUCAAAAGACUACUUUGAUACGCCGACAGCGAAUAAAAAAGAUGAUGUCGCACUGAUAGUCUGCUCCUCUGGCACCACCGGCUUGCCGAAAGGAGUGCAACUAACACAACAAAACAUUCUUUCUACACUGGAUUCGAAUCUUGAACCUACAUCUAUUCAAAUGGGGGAGGCUACAUUACUCACAGUUAUACCCUGGUUUCACUCAUUUGGCUGCCUUACAUUAAUUACAGCAACAGUUUUAGGAACCACCUUAGUGUACUUGCCUAAAUUUGAGGAACACCUUUUCUUGGGAGCCAUUGAGAAAUAUCGCGUUUUGAUGGCGUUUAUGGUGCCGCCAUUAAUGGUAUUCUUGGCUAAACAUCCACUUGUGGAUAAAUAUGAUUUGUCAUCACUGAUGGUUUUGCUCUGCGGUGCAGCACCACUUAGCAAGGAGACUCAGGAUUUGAUUACAGAGAGGAUUGGAGUGCCUAUCAUUCGUCAAGGUUAUGGUUUAAGUGAGUCGACGCUUAGUCUGUUGGUACAAAAUGAUGGGGCUUGCAAACCGGGAAGUGUGGGCAGCGUUAAAUUGGGUAUUUACGCUAAAGUUAUUGAUACCGAAACUGGUAAAACUCUUGGUCCCAAUCAACGAGGCGAACUGUGUUUCAAAGGCGAUUGUAUUAUGAAAGGUUACGUAGGGGAUACUAAAUCUACGCAAUCUAUGAUACAAGAUGGAUGGCUGCAUACCGGUGAUAUUGGUUAUUUUGACGACGAUUUCGAGUUUUUCAUAGUGGAUCGAAUUAAGGAACUCAUUAAAUAUAAAGGUUUCCAAGUGCCACCAGCAGAAAUUGAAGCUUUAUUGUUGACACAUAGAAAAAUUAAAGAUGCGGCAGUCAUUGGAAAGCCGGACGAAGAGUCUGGAGAAUUACCGUUGGCAUUUGUUGUUAAACAACCGAAUGCUGUGCUAAGCGAAGAUGAUGUUAUUAAAUUUGUAGCAGAGAACGCGUCGCCAGCGAAACGCUUGCGUGGUGGUGUAAUUUUCGUCGACGAUAUUCCAAAAAACCCGAGUGGUAAAAUUUUACGUCGCGAGUUAAGAGAAAUGCUCAAAAAUCGUCAAUCAAAACUAUAAAGUUUCUGCUUCGUUUAUAGAUACAUAUGAUAUGUACGCAAAAAUAAAAUAACUUGCAUUUAAUUUUUUAAUAAAAUUUGAGGUAUAGGGAAGCAACCUUUUUACAAGGGUGAAAAACGGAAUGAAAUAUUUAUGAUUUUGCAUAUGGUUACGUCGUUUAUUGAUUAUGAGGUGUAGCUUAAUUAUAAAAUUCUAAACUAAAAACGGAUUAUAAUGGAUAUGAGUAUUUUAAUAUUAAUUAAAAAUAAAAAAGGACGAAAAUGGCAUA